AUGACGUUUUUAAUGAAAAAGAAGAAGUUUAGGUUCCAGGUAAAUUUCACUCUUGAGGAACUAACGGCUGUGCCGUUUGUCAACGGAAUGCUUUUUUGCAAGAUCAGAUUGCUGGACGGUGGAGACUUCUCAAUUUCAUCAUCCAGAGAGGAGGUACAGGAGAACUGUGUUCGCUGGCGAAAGCGAUUCUCCUUCGUGUGCAAGAUGAGUGCUAGUUCCGCCACAGGGGUUCUUGACCCCUGCAUCUGCAGAGUGUCUGUACGCAAGGAGCUGAAGGGAGGGAAGGCAUUCUCAAAGGUGGGCUUUGCAGAUCUGAACUUAGCAGAGUUCGCAGGCUCUGGCUCAACUGUUCGCUGCUGCAUACUGGAGGGCUAUGACACCAAAAACACACGCCAAGACAACUCUAUCUUAAAGGUCACCAUUGGUAUGACUCUACUGUCUGGAGACCCCUGCUUUAAAACACCCACAAGCACAGCGAAAACCAUCUCUAUCGUGGGGCAGCAGGACCCCUCUCUGCAGCUGGACUGUAAGGGGGAGGGCACUGAGGCCAACUCAACUCCACCCACAGGCAUCUCUUCUGGUCGUCAGCUCAAACCCCAGUCACCUGCCACCAGCACAGGUUUGGAGGGUUUGGAUGAGAGUUUGUCCAGUCCAGAUGAGGUGUUCCACACGGGUCACUCUCGUAACAAUAGCUAUGCCAGUCAGCACAGUAAAGUAUCAGGGUACAGCACAGGGCACUCGCGCUCGUCCAGUCUGACGGAUCUCACACAGCACCGCCGAAACACCUCUUCCAGCAGCAGUGCCUCAGGUGGUGUUACUACGACAACCGAAGGAGGCGUGGAUGCAGAGAAAGAACCUGUCCGUCCAGAGAGACCACCGCGUCCCCCGCCCCCACGCCCCAGCCUGCUCCCCAACAGACCCUCCAGAAGGAAGAAGGAUACAGUGGAGAGCCAUCCCACCCGAGUGGACGACACACGUAUCGAUGCUGAUGACAUCGUGGAAAAGAUCGUACAGAGUCAGAACUUCACAGAUGUCAGCAACAACGAAGACAGUAACCUGUGUCUGUUUGUCAGUAAGGAUGGCACUACUGCUCUCAGUGGUAUUCAGCUGGCCAGCAGGAUGUCAGCUGGAGUCUAUGAACCAGUUGUGAUAGAGAGUCACUAAUGUCCUGGAGACACUUGCUACAAUACAUUUCUCCC